AUGGCUGAGGAACAAGAACGUGAAGAACUUGACAGUGAGGUGGACGGCAACGUGGUAACUGAAGCAGAAGACUAUCUCAAAUCACUUCUCGCUGAGGCUUUUAAGGAGAAAGGAUUUCAGGAAAUAAGCGAACUGCUUCAGGGGGGAGAAAUAGAACCUCCCCAGAAAUACAAGAAAUCUCUCCUCAAUCAGCUGGACAAAAUACUGAGAAAGGAGCUGGACAAGAAUGAAUUCCAGAAUGUUUCACUGAUGUUGAACUGUAUUCAGCUCUACUUUAAAAAUGAACUUCAAGACAGAACGAGUUUGUUUAUUGAGCAAGGACUGGUAGAAAAGUUGGUAUCUUGGUUUGAAAGAGCAAGAGAGUUUGUGAACCUCAUCGAGCCAAAUGAGAAUAAAUUAUUGAUGCAACUUCUUGAAGACUUCUUUGACUCUGCAUUGGUAUGUAUGUGUACUAAGAGGGAAACCAGGUCACUGCUAGCUGUAAUGUUUACAAUGAUUUUUCCAGGGCAAAUACGGAUCGUGAAUUUAUUUUUACCUGAACUAGGGCAUCUAGUGACAGCAGAAAAUAUUUACUGGAGUCUGAGGCAGGAGGCCUUGAAGACCCUCAACUCUAUACUUGGCAGUCUCCCACGGGAGGAGAGGAAGAAAUUCCCUCUGUCUGAGGAGAUGUGCUCACUCACGAGAGACCUUGCAAAAACUAUUCUGGAGGUUGGUGAUUAUGACCUUCAGGUUGCCCUUUCAGAAGCACUUUGUAGGUUAAUGACCAAAAAAUGGAGGGAUGACCUUGUUCACCACUGGUUUGAAGAUAACUAUCUUGCUGAAGCUUUCAAAGAGAUCAAGGAUGGAGAAUUUGAGACGGACUGCAGAAAAUUUCUUAACCAGCUAAAUGAAAGGCUUGAGGAUGAAAGAAGAGUCUAUUCAUUUCCUUGCAUAUCUGCUUUUGUUGACAUGACUGAGGUGAAGAAGCCAGCAGAUGAGAAGCUGGAGAAGUUCUGGAUUGACUUCAACACUGGCACCGAGAGUGUGACUUUCUAUGUGCAGGGUAGUGAGGAUGCUCUUUGGGACUCUGUGAGGGUGUUGAAAGAAGCAGUCAGAAGUUACAGCAUUAAGGAGGAGGAUGGAGAAAAGAUCGUUAAAAUCAAUAUGAAGACUCCGGCUGCUUUUAACCAAAAAGAUGUAUCAAAAAUCAGAAUAACUUUCAGCGCUGAGUUUGAAAUUGUUAGUAUUUUUAGAAAAGUCUUGGGAGAGGAGAAAAUGAUGAUAAAUGUGGCUGAAGAGGAGCCUGUCCAUGGUGAGAAGCAAGACAGGCAAAACGAAGCAGUGUUGCCUAAGUCCACUAAUCCACAGAAGAGGAAAGAUCCUUCAGACUUGGAAAUCAUAGAGGCUCCACCAGACAGCUUAGCUUCUCAGGACAGCCAGCAGUUAACAGGAGCUGUAGAAGUAAGUCAGGAAAUGGAUGACUCUGAUGUCACCAUGAUUAAAGUGAGCCAACAAACUGAUAUGGAAGAUGGUAACGAAGGCUCAGCUCCAGAGGAUGAAGCUGUAGUUUCCUUGCCUCCUUCAGCAAAGAAGUUGAAAACUCCGUCUCGAAGGAUGAAAGCUAAGCCUAGUGAGAAGCCCAUAGAAGAAGCAUCCAUGAAGGAAUCAACACCAAAGGUACUGCCACUCUCUUCUCAGAAUAAUGCUACUUGGGAAAAAGGAAAAAGAAAGAAGAGUUUGGCCAACCAGAGGACUGAAGGCAGGAAGGAAAUUUAUGACUUUGAAAAUUCAGACUCUGCAAGUCAUGAAAAGGUUGCUGAAGCUAAAGAAAGGUUCCUUGGCCAGAAAGUUUCCUCACAAAGUCAGAGCUGCUUUAAUUACAGGAAACAUCUUUUCUCUGAAAGCAACAAUGAAAACACAAGCACUGGUCAGAGUGAAAAAAGUUGGAUUCUUGACUUUCAGAAGCAGCCACUGCCAAAACUUCAUGACUAUACCAGAAAAAGAACCCGGGUGAGAAGUAAAUUAAAAGUGCUUCCAGUGUCUUCCGCAAGUAGUGGCAGUGACCAUCAGACAAAGAAGGUGUUUCACAAUGCAUCUGCCGAAUUGUCAAGAGAAGAAGAAAGUUUUAAGCGGAAGGACUCAGAUGUACUAAGUGGUACAGCUACAAAAAAGCUUAAAUUUUCCAGAUGGGAAAGAAAUCAUUUGUCCACUGACAAUUCCUAUAAGUCAAGGAAACUUGUUAAUUCAGUAGAAAAAGAAGUGGAGAUCCAGACAGGUCAGGAAAUGGACAAUAAUGUGGAUGAUGUAUUUCUUUCUGAGAUGCCGCAUGAAGACUUCGGUGAUUUAGGGGUGAUUACUGCAUUUGAAAGCUUUAUCGGCCAACUAAAGAAAUUAUUCUUGUCCCGGUAUAAACGGAUGGAGACCAGUGCACAGAAUGCCCUGAGGACUUCAGAGAAGAAGAUGUCCCUGCUGCUGAGCCAGAUACACGAAUGCAGGCUGACUAAGCUGGAGACCUUCCAGAAGACUCUCGUUGAAGACCUUGCCAGUCUUGAGAAGGAAACCCAACUCUUAGCAAGCAUGGAGAAGGAUGCAAUGGACUUCUGGAAUGCACAGUUGCUCAAAGUGAAUUCUUUCUGCAACCAGCAAAAGCAAAGAAUUCAGUCUGUUGACUCGGCCCUGGGUCAAACAGUCUGGGACUCUGCCACCACAACCCAAAAUACAACGGUGAAAGCACAGAGGGAUCUACUGGAUGUUGGCCAGAUGCCUGAUGGUAAGCUGGAGACUGUGGAGGGCAAGAAGCUUCGAACAUUGCGGAGUAAACAGCAAGUGAAGCUGGAGAAAUUUUUACAGCCAGCAACUAUUGGCUUCUAA